AUGGGCAGCCAGGAUGACUGGUGCAUUGUGGGAGAUCACCCAGCAGUGAUGCAUGAUUGGCCUACUGCCACACCAACAUGGGCUCCUCAGCCCCCUCACACCAAACACUGUGCAGGGGCUCCUCAGCCCCCUCACACCAAACACUGUGCAGGGGCUCCUCAGCCCCCUCGCACCAAACACUGUGCAGGGGCUCCUCAGCCCCCUCACACCAAACACUGUGCAGGGGCUCCUCAGCCCCCUCGCACCAAACACUGUGCAGGGGCUCCUCAGCCCCCUCACACCAAACACUGUGCAGGGGCUCCUCAGCCCCCUCACACCAAACACUGUGCAGGGGCUCCUCAGCCCCCUCACACCAAACACUGUGCAGGGGCUCCUCAGCCCCCUCACACCAAACACUGUGCAGGGGCUCCUCAGCCCCCUCACACCAAACACUGUGCAGGGGCUCCUCAGCCCCCUCACACCAAACACUGUGCAGGGGCUCCUCAGCCCCCUCGCACCAAACACUGUGCAGGGGCUCCUCAGCCCCCUCGCACCAAACACUGUGCAGGGGCUCCUCAGCCCCCUCGCACCAAACACUGUGCAGGGGCUCCUCAGCCCCCUCGCACCAAACACUGUGCAGGGGCUCCUCAGCCCCCUCGCACCAAACACUGUGCAGGGGCUCCUCAGCCCCCUCGCACCAAACACUGUGCAGGGGCUCCUCAGCCCCCUCGCACCAAACACUGUGCAGGGGCUCCUCAGCCCCCUCGCACCAAACACUGUGCAGGGGCUCCUCAGCCCCCUCGCACCAAACACUGUGCAGGGGCUCCUCAGCCCCCUCGCACCAAACACUGUGCAGGGGCUCCUCAGCCCCCUCGCACCAAACACUGUGCAGGGGCUCCUCAGCCCCCUCGCACCAAACACUGUGCAGGGGCUCCUCAGCCCCCUCGCACCAAACACUGUGCAGGGGCUCCUCAGCCCCCUCGCACCAAACACUGUGCAGGGGCUCCUCAGCCCCCUCGCACCAAACACUGUGCAGGGGCUCCUCAGCCCCCUCGCACCAAACACUGUGCAGGGGCUCCUCAGCCCCAUCGGACAAAACACUGUGCAGGGGCUCCUCAGCCCCCUCGCACCAAACACUGUGCAGGGGCUCCUCAGCCCCCUCGCACCAAACACUGUGCAGGGGCUCCUCAGCCCCCUCGCACCAAACACUGUGCAGGGGCUCCUCAGCCCCCUCGCACCAAACACUGUGCAGGGGCUCCUCAGCCCCCUCGCACCAAACACUGUGCAGGGGCUCCUCAGCCCCCUCACACCAAACACUGUGCAGGGGCUCCUCAGCCCCCUCGCACCAAACACUGUGCAGGGGCUCCUCAGCCCCCUCGCACCAAACACUGUGCAGGGGCUCCUCAGCCCCCUCGUGCCAAACACUGA